AUGAGCGAGAAGAAGAAGCAGCAACCAGCUGCAGCAGCAGCAAAUGGCCUGCCACCAGCCCCACCUGGCUGCCGUUGGAUGACAGAAGGACCCGAUGGGUCUCUCAUAGAUCUACAGCAGCAGCAUGAGCAGCAGGAGGAGCUGGACGCCCUCUCCUCGGGUGACGAAGGAGCAUCAGCAGAUGCAGGAGUAGAUGCAGCAGCGGAUGCAGCAGCAGAGGGAGAAGGUCCUCCUAAGGAGCUCCUGCUGCACCCGCAGCUGCUGGAGAGCCGAAGGCGGUGGCUGCUUGCUGCAUGCGAAUCAGCAGGAGACACUGUCUGCGCAAUGGCGGUCAACAAACAGCAGCAAGAGCAGCAACAACAGCAGCAACAGCAACAGCAGCAAGUGCCACCGUUCCUUGCAGUAGGUGCUUCCGAUGAUAUAUGCCGCCUGUAUGAUCUAUCUCAGCUCUCUCCACCACCGGCAGCAGCAGCAGCAGCAGGGGACCCAGCAGCAGCAACAAGGGCUGAAGUUGAAGAGCAACAUUUAAAUGCAUCCGUAACUUUACGAGAUGCAGGAGACUCUGUCUCUUGUGUGUCAUUUUCUUCUGAUGGUUUGUUGCUUGCAUGCGGCUCUUUUGACGGCUCUGUUCGUGUAUACAGUACCCAAGCAGCAGCAGCAGCAGCAGGAGCAGCACAAGCAGGAGCAGCAGCAGCAGGAAAACGCAUGCUGCUGCAGGAGCUGCGGGGCCCUUGUGAAGGUGUCUCCGCACUCGCCUUUCAUCCUCGUGGUUAUGCUUUGCUUGCUGCAGCAGAAGAUCAAACGGCAUGGGUAUGGCUGCUGCCUCCUUCAUGGGGAUCAGCAGCAGCAGCAGCAGCAGCAGCAGAAGGAACAGCAGCAGAAGGAGGAGCAGCUGCAGCAGCAGGAGAAGGUACUAAAGGGAAGAUAAAACCUGCAGCAACACUGCAUGUAUUUGCUGCUUCUAGUCCCCUUACUUGCUGCUGCUUCAGCAGCAGCGGCAGCCGCUGCAUCGUAGGUGGAGCAUCAGGAAGUGUUUCCUUUUUUGCUGCUCGUGAUGGGCAGAUGGUCUCCGAUUAUGAUCAUCCUUCUCGUGAUCCCCAGGCAAGAGCAGCUGUCAUGCAAAGUCCCCUUCCUAUCACCAGCAGCAGCAGCAGCAGCAGCGGGAUGGAUGUGGAUGACGGAGAGGGGGGACAAGGGGCUGUUUGUUUAGCGGUCUAUACACCCCAGAGUUGCUGCUAUGUGGGGUAUGAAGAUGGUUAUAUUUUAUGUUUUAAUGAGGAGACAGGAAAAAUUCUUGUUUCUCUUAAAGCGCAUGCUGGUGCUGUUGAAUCCCUACUGCCUAUACACCCCAAUCAUUCCAUGCAUGCAGCAAACUGGGGGCCCCAGGGGGCCCCCACCUCUUUACUGUUAUUCUCUGCUGGUCUUGAUGGUAUUGUGCGUCUAUGGAACCUUAGUAAGAAAACCCUUAAGCUCUCGUUUGACUGUACACACACCCCAAUACCUCAGAACCCCUCUAGUACAAGUGACAGCAACAGCAGCAGCAGCAGCAGCAGCGGUGACAACAGCAGCAGGAAGGGAGGAGACGGAGAAGGCGUCGUUCGGCUGCUUCUGCACCCACAACUCCCGCUACUGCUCGCUGGUACUUCCUAUGGACUCAUGCGAGCAUUCAACUGCAGCAGCAGCAACAGCAGCAACGUUUGUGUAGAUAUGUGGACAGCACACCCAUCGGCGGUCAUGGACCUCCAGCACAUCAGCAGCAGCAGCAACAGCAACGGCAGCAGCAGGAACUGGAUUGUUGCUUCUGGUGACUCGGAUGGCGGUGUGGAUGUUUGGGCUUUAGACCCCACAGCUCUUCUUCAGGGCAAACCUUAA